AUGGCUGUAACGGACAGCAAGAGAAGGCUCGAUUCGGACGAAGAGCGCGAUGCAAAACGAAUGAAGGUGGAGGAUGGAUCGGACGUGGCCACGCCGAAGGAAGAAGCUGAUAGAGACAAGAACGAGAACGACGGGGAUCCAGAAGACGAUGAUGACGAUGACGACGAGGAAGACGAUGAUGAAGAGGAAGAUGAAGAGGAGGAAGAAGAAGAAGGAGAGGCUCAAAAGGAUGGAGAAGAAACCAAGGAAGAAGACGAGAAGAAGCGCACCACAUCCUUCAGCUUUCUGGGUCACACGUAUAGCUUCAAAGAGAGACCUUCGGUUAUUGAAGAAAAAGAGGGCACAAUUGAGUUCCGAGUGGUGAACAAUGAUAAUACCAGAGAGAACAUGAUGGUGCUAACUGGGUUGAAGAAUAUUUUCCAGAAACAAUUACCCGAGAUGCCCAAAUCGUAUAUUGCCCGUUUGGUAUACGAUAGAUCCCACAUUUCCAUGGCAGUGGUGAGGAAACCGCUCACUGUGGUUGGUGGAAUAACAUAUAGACCUUUUGAGAGCCGAGAGUUUGCGGAAAUCGUGUUUUGUGCCAUAUCUUCAACCGAGCAGGUGAGGGGUUAUGGUGCGCACUUGAUGAACCACUUGAAGGACUAUGUUAGAAACACUUCAAAAAUCAAGUACUUUCUGACCUAUGCUGAUAACUAUGCCAUUGGUUAUUUCAAGAAACAAGGCUUCACCAAAGAAAUCACUCUGCCAAAAUCCACCUGGAUGGGUUAUAUCAAGGAUUACGAAGGAGGAACGCUGAUGCAGUGCACCAUGCUUCCCAGGAUACGUUAUUUGGAUGCCGCCAAAAUUUUGGUUCUACAGAAAGCUGCCAUCUACAAGAAGAUCAGAUCAAUUUCUCAAUCUCAUGUGGUUCGUCCUGGACUGAAACAUUUUAUGAAACCAGGAGCCAAACCCAUUGAUGCAUCCACUAUACCUGAACUGAAAGCGGCCGGAUGGACCCCAGAGAUGGACGAAUUGGCACAGAAACCAAAACGAGGCCCCCAUCAUGCUGUUAUGGCUAAUAUUUUGACAGAAUUGCAGAACCACCCAAGUUCGUGGCCAUUCACACAACCAGUCAACAAGGAUGAGGUUUCGGACUACUACAAGGUUAUCAAAGAACCGAUGGAUCUCAGCACGAUGGAGACUAAGUUGGAGAACGAUCGCUACCAGACAUUCGAGGACUUUGUCUAUGAUUGUCGUCUCAUUUUCAACAACUGUAGGUCGUACAAUAAUGAGAGUACGACCUACUACAAGAAUGCCACAAAGCUCGAGAAGUUCAUGACUUCGAAGAUCAAGGAGUUGCCUGAGUAUGCGCAAUAUGUGGAGUGA